AAUGUGUGGUACAUUUAUUUCUUUGGAAUAAUUACGAACCGGUGUUACCGGGAAAACGACAUGGAGGACCAAAUCGUUAGAGAACUUGAAAAUGCUUCUCAAAUUGUACUGGCACCUCCUAAUCUAGUGACUCAUGAACAAAGACAAGCUGCUGAAUCUGUAAUUCUCCAGUUUAGAAAAACAAAACUGCCAUACAAUAUUUGCAAAACUAUUCUCGAGACAUGUAAGACAGAUUAUGUACUGUACCAGGCAGCUACAACAAUACAAGAGAGUGUGUUACGUGAGUGGUCAAUACUUGCUGCUGAUGAUAUUGAAUCUUUACGUGCUUUUCUCCUCAGAUAUAUUACUCAACAUAUCAGCUUACAAAGCUAUGUCAGAGAGCAGAUUUUACAGACAGUUGCUGUUAUAUUGAAGAGAGGGACGUUGGACCCAAAGGGAGCACGGCUUGAUGGCCUCUUCCAAGAUGUUACUCAGCUUAUUAGUAGUGGAAAUGUCACAAUGCAAUUAGUAGCAUGUUCCAUGUUGACAGCUUUGUUGAAUGAAUACUCUAGCUCUAGUAGAACCAGUAGUGUGGGCUUUACCUGGGAGUUCCAUACCAAAUGUAAAAGAGCAUUUGAGGAAAAUGACUUGCAGAAAGUGUUCCUGUUCUCACUUCAAGUGUUAAAUGAAAUAGAAAAACAGCCGUCACCACUGCCUCGAGAGACAACAGCUGUCCUAAAUAGAUUCCUGGGCAUUACAGAACAAGUUCUCUGCUGGGAAUUUACACCAAAAACUAACAUGUUACGUAGAAAUGUGGGAUAUUUUGAUAAAGACCAGAGUGUGACAUUAAAACCCCAUGAUAAGUGGAGAGAAACUUUACUUGAUCAGACUUUGAUACAGCUUAUAUUCCGGAUACAUCAAAAGGCCCGUCAUAAUUCAGAUAUGGCGACCCACUCGAUACAAUGUCUGACACAGCUUGCUUCACUGAAUGGACCAGUGUUUCCAGAUGACAGGGCUCGUACACAAUACCUUACUUAUUAUAGUGAAACAUUGCUCGAUUUUCUUACCAGUGUAGAUUUACAGGAUUAUGAAUGUCUAGGUGUUUCCUGUAUAUUCAAGAAUCUGAUUAUGAUGUUUCCAUCUAUUUGCUUUAUGUCUCUACCAGAAGCUCAUUAUAGAAGAUUUAUAGAACGUUUACAAACAUUAACUUGUGCUUUUGGACGGGAGGCAGCUCUUGAAGAAGAGAUGCACAAAGAGGAUACAGUCCAUAUGGAAGCUUAUGAGAAACUGUUAGAGACAUGGAUGGAGUUGUUAACAACAAAAAAAGAUAAUAUUCCCAUGGAGAUUAUCAAAUCUCAGGCUGUACAUGUGUUCAACUCUUACGUGCAAUGUCAUAUUAGUCCACCAGAUGGUUGUAGAGUUCAGAACACUCAGGAUUCUCGACCGGACGAGGAUGAUAUAGAUGAGAUAGAGGAAGAUGACCGUGACAAGUUUGCUGACCAGUUGGUCAGUGUAGGUGCUCUUGGAAGAUUGACCAUAGAUAACAGCAUUAGUAUGAUAACUAGAGCAAUGGAGGAUAGGAUAACUAGAUUACACGGACAACUACAAAGAAUUCAUCAAAUGCGGAUGUCGUCUGGUAACAUGAAUUGUAGUUUUGAUAACUCACUUAUAUCAGUCUUACACGAGGAUCUACACUGGCUGGUCCUAGUGACUGGUCACUUAUUGACGGAAGAGUCUGAAGGGGAGACACCUAUGAUACCAGGGGAGGUAAUGCAAUAUUCUAUAAAACAAUCAACAGAAAUAGACCUAAAUACAACACUGAAAGUGCUUGCCUCCCCUUCUGAUAGUAUAGAUACAAUACCAGGAGCCUCCACGCAUUCUGACUUUGUUAUAAGGUUGAUCUCAGCAGUAUUCAGGUUAUGUGAGGUAGAGAAGAAAGCUAUAACAGCAAAGAUGGUGGACACACUAAGCCCUCAGGUGACCAGUAGUGUAAUGUGGUGUCUUAAACGUUGGUCAAGAUCUUACCUUCUACCUGAUGAAAAUUAUUACAAUGAGGUGAGCAAGGCAUUAUGGGCAGGUUUUGGGCGUGAUACAGAGGGUGCCCAGUGGACAAUAUCAUUCUUGCUGGACAAGGUAAUGAUGUCCCUGAGUGCCUGGAAUGCCGAGGAGAAAACCAUGAUGGAUAUUCUACAGUUCCUAGUCAUGUUGAUGGACAAUAAAACUAGAGCACAAUACAUCACAAAGAGUGAAGGUCUGUGGACAAUGGUGCGACAUCUUGCCCACAAUCAAUUACCAUUCUGUAAUCUACCAGCCAGUGCUCUCAGACUGUUAUACAAGGCUUUUGUUCUAGCUGGAACUGGUGUGAAUGACCAGAUGAGUGCAGAAUACUGGCAACUGGUGUUAAAGACACUUCAGGAUAAGUUUGUUCACAUGGUAACAGCAGACGGUUUUGCUAAGAGAUGUCAGGCAGCAGACACGAAGGAAGAGAUCAUUAAACUCCUGGAGAGUUUGUGUGGGGUAGCUAAAGGGUCAAGGGUCAACAAUAUAGAUAAAAUAUAUGAUUAUCUUCUACCAUUACUACAGCAGUGUGUCACCUUGCUAGAUUUGUACCAUGACAAUGAAGAUGUUGUACCACUCAUUAUAGAGUUACUGGUAGAAGUUGUACAAAAACAACUCUGUUUUCUUAAUACCACUAGAUCAAAUACCUUGUAUGAAGUCUGUUUGGCUGCAAUACAGAUGUACUCUAAACAUAACAAAGGUAAGCGUGUAAAGGACGCUAGUGAGGAAGAGGAAGAAAGAUAUAGUGAUAUUCUACUUGUUAUGGAACUACUCACAAAUCUUCUCUCUAAAGACUUUGUUGAUUUUGGAGAGCCAGAUGAGAAUAGCACAAGUGAGGACAGUUCUGUGACAGCUGUAAAUGUUGUACUGUUUGGUCUUAACACCAUUAUACCCCUCAUGACAGAGGACUUACUUAGGUUCCCCAAUUUGUGCUCACAGUAUUUCAAACUGAUAACGUUUUUAACAGAAAUACAUCCGGAUAGAUUCACCACAUUACCUGAUGAGCUGUUUAAGACACUGAUGGUCUCGUUGGAGCUUGGUCUAGUCUCAUAUGGACCAGAUAUAAGCAAGCUGUGUUUAGAUUGUAUAUACUCACUAGGGACACAUGUUUUCCAGAACAAUCUAGCUGGUACCUUAAUACACAAUACUCUAAAACAUUUCCUCAAGAUUGUAUUCCGAAUGUUGUUGUUGGAGAAUUUCAACAUGGAUCUACUGGAUACAGCAAGCUCCGCCUUAUUCUGCCUCAUCUGUUGUCAUACUGAACAAUACCAACAACUAGUGCACGAAAUUCUCGAUUCUCAUAUAGAUCAGGCAUACAAAUCCCGCCUCCUGGAGGCGUUCAAUAACUUAACUCCGCCUUCCCUGUCAUUGACAGUCAGUAGACAUAAUAAAUUGAUGUUCAUGGAGAACUUUAACAGCUUUUUGAUCAAUGUGCGAGGAUUUUUGUGUGUGAAAUGAUGCUCGCUAUUGUUAGACAAAUUAAGUGCAGAAGAUGUUCUACACAAAAGAUGGAAUUUGAUGCAAUACUAGUAUAUAAUCAAAUAUGGCAAUCAUUUGAAGUAACUGAGACUUAUUCCAAAUGUUCAACGGUUAUGAAUAGUUCAUUUAUGUGCCAUUAAGUCACAAAUUCAUUUUAGAAAAAAAUUAUAUAAAAUUACUAUUAAACUAUGUAUAUCAUUUGAUCAAAAUAUGUGAAAGAACAAGAUAUUUUAGGUGAUUUUUGGAAGAAAUAUUGACAAUUUGAUACAUAAAAGUUAUUUUGUGAAGGCAAUUAACUGGAAUUAAAUGAAAGUAUUGAUUCAAAAGAUUGAAAUAAAGGGUAAUGAUAAUUUAUUAAGACAUUUUAAUAACUGUUGAAUGAAGUAUUGGAAGUAUUAACAGUACAGUAUUACUAGUAGAUGUGACAAGAAAACUGUAUUGUGCUAAUAUUAUUCUGGUAUUUUCCCCUGCUGAUUGUUUGUAUAUUCUUUUAUUUUAUUUUUGUCAUCAUCAGAAAUCGAAAAGCUCAAAAUGCCAAAUUGUGAUCAAUGUAAUUUUAGGUAUAUACCUUGCCAUGACAUUGAAGGUAGGGGUUGUAUUUCUGGCAAGUGCUGGGGACUUAUAACAGUCUAUAUAUAGUUGUGUUUUCUUGCAUAUCAGACAGGAUUAUCUUCUGUUUACAUCACUGCAGAAAAAACCCCUGUGUAAGACAAAUGAGCCGUGUCACGACAAAACCAACAUAGUGCGUUUACGACCAGCAUGGAUCCAGACCAGACUGCGCAUUCGUGAAGUCUUAUCAGGAUCCAUGCUGUUUGCUAUCAGUUUAUCUACUUGUAAAAGGGUUGGUAAGCGAACAGCAUGGAUUCUGAUCAGACUGCGCGAAUGCGCAGGCUGGUCUAGAUUCAUGCUGGUCGCAAACGCACUAUGUUGGUUUUGUCAUGACGCGGCUCAAAUCUUGUGCUUUCAAUGACAUUCCAGCACCCUUGUUGUAAAUUCAUAUGCUUCUAUAAGAAAAAGUGCUAAUUUAAAAUAUUAGUUUUCGUAAUUUCUUUCCAAAUUAGAAUUAAUAUAUUAUAUGCAAGAAAAAUAAUCAAAUACCAGCUGUUGUUACAGACUGGAAUAUCUAGCUCUUGGAUUACUGUUAAGCAGAAACGCAGCACGGCCUAGUUACUGCCCUAAACAGUUACCCUUGAGCUAGAUAAGUCUGGCCGGCAGCUGGUGUCAGAUCCUUAUAAUGUACAAUCACCUGAGAGGGAGUAAAUCUAAUCUAAUUCUUCAAUGUAUUUCAUGCAAGCACCAUGUGUUAGAAAAGAUAAAUGUUGUAUUACCUGUAAAAAACUUGGAAGUUAUGAGUUAAUAUUUGUGUUCACUUUAAUCAUUUGGUAAAAAAAUAUUAAUGGUUAACACUGGGGAGUUCUACAGUUUGUAGUUUAUUUGUCAAACAAUCUUUAAAGGGACUCCACUGAGGUUUUUUGACAUGACGGGACUGGAAAUAAUUUUUUGAGAUUAUUACUCCAUUUGAUGUAAAUCUAUACUAAUAACUUAUGUGCAAAAUUUCAGAUCAUUAGCUCGCUCCGUUUUUCCAGAAUAAUUAUUAUUAUAGGGAAAAAUGACCAAAAAUUGAAAAGCGUUUAAACGCUUUUCACUCAAAUCGGACUGAGAAUAGCACAAACAUAUGAUUUUCAAUGUAUUUCUAGUAUAUUUCUUGGUUAUAUUUCAUUUAUAUUUCUGUUUUAAGUGCCCAUGUUUAUCUAUGUGAAAAAUCAAAAUUUUAUGUUUUAAGGCUUAUAAACCUCAGUGGAGUUCCUUUAACCCUGCUGGAACCAAAAGUGAAUAACCUUUGCAACCAAUAUAUAGAGUCAGAUCAGCCUAUACAUCCGUGAAGUCUGACCACUUUACUGUUGAUAAAUGUACUGUUUGCUGACUAACUUCUUGAUAUACCAAAAAUUGAAAUGGAGAAGUUAAAAAUGCAAUAUGGACAUAUCAAAUUUAAGAAAUUCAACAGGCCGAGGGUUAAAGUAGUGCUUGAUACAACAUUAAUUAAGUUACUUGUUUACCAAGGUUGUGUUCUUUUGAUUAUUAGAAAAAAAAACAACAACAAAAAACCUUGAUAUCAGAUUAUUAGAGUAAUUUUUGAUUUUACAGAAAUUUGAAAGUUGCAUUUGCUGCAUUUUUAACCAGGUUUUCCGAAGGAAAAAACUGGUUAUUAGAUUGAGGUAUGUCGGCGGGCGGGCGUGCAUAAACAAUUUCUUCUGUGCGCAACUCCUACAUUUCUCAAUAGAUUUUGACCAAACUUUCACAAAACCUUUGUCAUCAAGUGCCCUGGCGCAUAUUGUCGGGGUUUUGUGAUUGGAUAAUAUUUGACCUAAUUAUGGCCCUUUGUUUUUUUUCUUUAUACAGAAUAUAUAGUGAACAAUUUCUUCUGUGCGCAACUCCUCCUACAUUUCUCAACGGAUUUUGACCAAACUUUCACAGAAGCUUUGUAAUUAAGUGCCCUUGCACAUAUUGUCAGUGUUUUGUGAUUGAAUAAUAUUUGACCUAAUUAUGACUUUUUGUUUUUUUUUCCUUAUAUAGAAUAUAUAGUGAACAAUUCUUCUGUGGGCAACUCCUCCUACAUUUCUCAAUGUAUUUUGACCAAACUUUCACAGAAGCUUUGUUAUCAAGUGCCCAUUGCAAAUAUUGUCGAGGUUUUGUGAUUGGAUAAUAUUUGACCUAAUUAUAGCCCUUUGUUUUAUUUCCUUAUACAGAAUAUAUAAUGAACAAUUUCUUCUGUGCUCAACUCCUACAUUUCUCACAAAUUUUUACCAAACUUUCACAGAAGCUUUGUCAUCAAGUGCCCGGGCGCAUAGUGUCGGGGUUUUGUGAUUGGAUAAUAUUUGACCUAAUUAUGGCCCUUUGUUUUUUCUUCCUUAUAUAGAAUAUAUAGUGAACAAUUUUUCUGUGCGCAACUCCUUCUACAUUUCUCAAUGUAUUUUGACCAAACUUUCACAGAAGCUUUGUUAUCAAGUGCCCAUUGCGCAUUUUGUCGGGGUUUUGUGAUUGGAUAAUAUUUGACCUAAUUAUAGCCCUUUGUUUUUUUUCCUUAUACAGAUUAUAUAAUGAACAAUUUCUUCUGUGCUCAACUCAUACAUUUCUCAACGGAUUUUGUUCUAACUUUCACAGAAGCUUUGUCAUCAAGUGCCCUGGCGCAUAGUGUCGGGGUUUUAGUGAUUGGAUAAUUUUUGACCUAAUUAUGGCCCUUUGUUUUUUUCCCUUAUACAGAAUAUAUAGUGAACACUUCUUCUGUGUGCAAUUCCUCCAACAUUAUUCAUGAUUUACAUUGCACAUAGUUACAUUGUUUGUUG